UCAUGCUUUCGUUUCGUCACGUGUCGUCAAUGGGCAUGUGUUCUGGACCGGGGCAGCAUGGCGGUGCCGUGGAGGAGAUGUUGGAGGAGCAAGUCAGGAGCUGCUGUUUUAAUGGACUGGUGCAGCGGUUUCAGUAGAAGAGCUUUCACUCGUGCGCUUUUAAUCGGCAGAGAAAGCGCCGCUUCUAGAGAGAUGCUAAUCCGACAGGGAUUGUCAUAUAAUUUAGACAAAGCAAUGUCCGUUAUAAGGCACAGGAACAGAUAUCUUUACCCAUCACAGAGAGUCCCCUGUUGCAGUAUACACAGUGAUGCAAAGUUAAAAGAUCCUUUCUCGCUUGUACAAAAUGACUUGCAAAAUUUAUACGAAGACAUUAAAAAGGAACUGUUCGUGUCCAAAGCGGAGCUGAAAUCUCUGUGCGAUUAUUACUUUGACGGGAAAGGAAAAGCUUUUAGACCCAUGAUUGUGGUUUUAAUGGCUCGAGCGUGUAACGUCCACAGCAAUAAAGAGGGUGUUCUGCUGCCAGCGCAGCGCUCUAUAGCUAUGAUCUCUGAGAUGAUCCACACUGCCAGCCUGGUGCAUGAUGAUGUCAUCGACGACUCGGACACACGGCGUGGAAAACACACCAUUAACCAAGUCUGGGGAGAGAGAAAAGCAAUCCUGGCUGGAGAUUUCAUUCUGUCAGUGGCAUCGAUGGCACUCGCCCGUAUUGGGAACAACGCUGUAGUCUCGGUGUUGUCACAAGUAAUAGAAGACCUUGUGCGAGGUGAAUUCAUGCAGUUGGGCUCUAAAGAGAACGAAAACGAAAGAUUCAAACACUACCUUGAGAAAACCUUUAAGAAGACAGCAAGUCUUAUCGCUAACAGUUGUAAAGCAGUGUCGAUUCUGGUGAACUCCGAUCCAGAGGUGCAUGAGAUCGCGUAUCAGUAUGGACGUAACGUUGGCAUUGCAUUCCAGCUUGUUGAUGAUGUUCUGGACUUCACAUCGUGUGCGAAGCACCUGGGGAAGCCGUCAGCUGCUGAUCUUAAACUGGGUCUCGCCACUGGCCCCGUUCUGUUUGCCUGCCAGCAGUUUCCCGAACUGCAUUCAAUGAUAAUGAGGCAUUUCAGCUCUGAUGGAGACGUGGAUCGAGCCUGGCAUUAUGUCCUAAAGAGUGAUGGUGUGGCACAGACAAACUACCUCGCCCAACGCUACUGUCAAGAGGCCAUCCGGCAGAUCAGCCGCCUGCGGCCGUCUACAGAGCGAGAUGCUCUGAUCCGCCUGACGGAGAUGGUGCUGAGCAGAGACAAGUGAGCCUGAAUCCAGAGCUCCACACUCAGGCAGCUACACACCUCGGCAGGUCCUGUGUCCUCAUCCACCCAAACACACACACCUGGGCCUUCACAGAGAUCAAAGAAUCAAACCUGUAUGCUUUACCGUACUGUAAUCGCAGAGCUCUUUCUGUCCCGUCACAGAGCACAUUUAGCCUCGCGCGGGAUGCGUUUCUGUACACAGAUGAAGAUCUGCAGGAUCAUUGUAAUUCCAGAUGUAGCACAGAUGGAGUUGCUACCGGUCACGUGUGUAUGUUUGUGGAUCUGUUACAAACGCUCAACUAAACAUCCGUCCACAAAAGGCCAAACGUCUUUCUGCAAGAUGUUGUCAAUGUACUUCAAGUGCAUUAAUAACAAGCAAGGCCUUAAACCACACUGGCUAUGUACUCAAAUAAAAUAAAAGGUAUUUUUGAAGUAAACAAAUUGUCUGUGUUUUUUAUCCGAGCUGUGGUCCGGAUCACAAAACAUUUUUAAGAAAUUUCGUAACUGCCAUAUUUUUUUCUUCAAUUCUAAUGUAAGUAAAAAGUUAGGAAUGUUUUGUAUUCCCGAAAAAACUUCUUAAGACCGUUCUUACAUUUAUUUCUCAAUAUUGAUGUAUAAAGCAUUUGUCAUUUAAUUCCUUUUGAAAAGAAAAUAUUUGAGAACUUGAGGAACAUUCUUACGAACUUCCUAUAUUUUAUCUUAAGAACAAUCUUAUAUUUGGUCUUCAGAACUGUUUUGUGAAUCCGGCCCCUGGUUAGCAAUGUCCCUCUUCUUCACUUUCUCUAUUUCCUGUACACUUUCUUAUCGAUUGACUGAUACAGGAUUCUAUUAUCUGACUGUUUCCAAGCAAGCUGAUAUAAUUCAUAUUAACGAUAAGCACGGUUACACAAAUGCAUUUUCACACUAAAAAUAUUGUCUUACAAAAUAGCAUACUACUAAGAACAGAAUCUACAUGAAUUGGAGAAUUUGAUAAACAAUAAUGUUCCAUUUAAUAAUAUUAAUUUUAGUUAAUAUUUUUAAAUUCCCCCAAAAAUUUAAAGUCACAUCUGUUAACAUUAGUAUAUGAAAACUAACAGAAAUUGACAUUUAUUUUAACAUAAAAAAUAAUAUUGCUUAUUAUUAUUAUAAGUUCAUAUUAUCUAUUACUUUAAAAUUAAUAAAUGUGAUCGUUUGUAUUAUUGAGAUUUUUAAAGGUCCUGUAAAAGAAAAAAAAUACACUGGCAAAAUAAAUUUGACUGAUAAAUCAGACAUCCCUCACUUUACAUAGAAUGAUUUAUUAUAAAAGACUGUACAAUUACAUUUCAAUUAACAUAUCAUAAAUACAAACUCUAGGCAGAGAUGAGCUUGAACCCAGAUGGAAAUCAGUUGGAACACUUCGAGGUUUCAGAAAGACAAGAGAAAAGUCUCAAGACGUUAGCUUUCUGCAAGAAUCGACAGUGGUCCGAUGUAGUUUCAUGAAAUCAUAGUGCUUAAACACUGUAUUCAGUUCUCUAAAAACAUGAUUCCUAGAAUUUAAGGAGACAAAAAAUCUUAAAAU